AUGUACAGCAUCGCCGGCUCCAGCACCGUCCGCGUCAAGGAAGGGUUCGAGGACGAGCUGCACGUCCAUGAGCUUUCCACUGGCGACUUUAUCUGCAUACCGGCAUGGACCGAGCAUCAAGUCUGCAACGACUCGGACCAACAAGACGCAGUGUGGCUCGUUGUGCAGCACGGCUCGCAUCCGGUUGGCGCAGAACUUGCAGACUGGGGCGGCGCGGUGACGACGACGCAUGACUAA